AUGUCUAAUGCCAAGUAUCCUACAGAAAGCAUCUACAAUCUUCUUCCAAAGAAGGAAAGUGGCGCUAAAGUCAAGCCAAGGUAUGUGUCCAAGUUCAGACCAACUGUUGUUCAGGAGAGCAAGUUAACCAAGGAUGCAAUGAGAACAAUGGGACCAGCAAAAGUAGAACUGCCAUCUCCAGAUAAAUACCUGAAGAAACAUUCAAAAGAGUCCAAACCUCUUGAAGUGACGGGGUGCUCCAAAGACACUCACAGAACCUGCACCUAUACCAAGAAGAAACCACCAAUUCCUUCAAGGACUGAAAACCCACUCAUUCACACCAAGAGGGAUUUUAUAAAGACAGCUACUGCAAAGUCAAAGAAGCCACAACCUGUGUGUGUGGACACCAACACAGGACACAAGCAGCCCCUUGAAAACUCAGGACUUGUCCCCAAGUACAUAAAGAAAGAGGAUUAUGGUAAAGUACCUACAUACCUGCAGCAACGCAAUGAGGAAAAGCUGAGGGCUGAAGAGGAGUACAACAAAUUUGUACAAGAACAGAGGGAACAGAGAGCUCCAAGACGUCUGCCGGACGAGGAGCGACUCGCUGUCCUGGAGAAUCUGAAGAAAGACUGGGAUAACGUGCAUCGUGAAUAUCAGAGCCUCCCCUUCAUCAUCAACACCAUGUCACAGAAAGCCUACAAGGUCCAGCUUGAAGAGGAAAUGAAGUGCCGGGAGAAGAACAUUAGCCUCUUUGAGAGCUUCACAACUCUCUACAUAUCCAAAGAUUAG